UGGAGCGCGAGAGGAUGCCAGACGCACACCCAUGGGUUUUCAGCUGCAUAUGGACUUUACCUUUCCGAAAGGAUGAGUAGGGACGCUUGUGAUUAUCUAGAGGGCGUGCAAACCACUAUUGGAGAGAUGCUGGGUGCCAACGUCUCCAAGUCAUUGCGCGAAGGCAAUGUCACCAAGAAUUCCAGUUGUGGAUCUGUAUCAGUUGGUUUCCCUAUAACCAUGAUGAUCACCGGCAUGGUGGGCAACACAUUAGCUCUUAUCCUCGUGUAUAUAUCUUACAGAAAGAAGGAGAAUAAAAGGAAAAAGUCGUUCUUGCUUUGCAUUGGAUCGCUGGCGCUGACUGAUCUGUUUGGACAGCUUUUGACGAGUCCAAUAGUAAUAUCAGUCUACCGAGCUGAUCUGAAAUGGGAGCGUAUUGACUCAUCUGGCAAUUUGUGCGCUUUUUUCGGUGUCUGCAUGACAACUUUUGGCCUGUGCGCUCUCUUCUUGGCCAGUGCCAUGGCAAUUGAAAGGGCUAUGGCGAUAACAAACCCCCACUGGUACUCCAAUAACAUGAAGACAAGUGUGACAAAGCAGACUCUGGCUGUCAUAUGGUGUCUCGUGUUGCUCUUCGCGCUGCUGCCCAUUGCAGGGGUCGGGGAAUACACACGCCAGUGGCCGGGCACUUGGUGCUUCAUCAGCACGGGGGACAGAAAAGUCCCGGGCAAUAUGUUUUUCGCCGUCACUUUCGCCGUACUUGGGAUUUUCUCUCUGCUUGUCACUCUCUCCUGCAAUGUGGUGACGAUCCGGGGCUUGAUUAUCCGGUGUAAAACGAAGUCUGGCACGUCUCAGUCUUCAAAACAGUGGGAACGGCUCACCACGGAGACCGUCAUUCAGCUGUUAGGGAUUAUGUGCGUCCUGCUUAUAUGCUGGUCUCCUCUGCUGGUCCUGAUGCUGAGGAUGAUCUCCACCCAGGUAUCCUCCCACGAGUGCAAUUCAACAGCAGUGACCUCCAAUCACACCCCUGGCCGGGAUGUCCAUUUAGACUGUAACUUUUUCCUGACGGCGAUCCGCCUGGCCUCCCUCAACCAGAUCCUUGACCCGUGGGUUUAUCUGCUCUUCAGGGAGAUCCUCCUGCGCAAGGUCUGCAUCGUGGCUAACGCCGUGUCCAACUGCUCCAUAGAGGAUCGGAAGGAGACCCAGCUGACGUUGGAUGCUCUUAACAAGCAGAACCACGAAGGAAACAGCCUUCAUAAACCACAAAGCAGCUAAGUCACGCUUUGACAGGAAUUGCAAUCUUGUGACUUUGAAGCCGGGGACUGAUUGGAUGGAUGUGAAAAUGGAUACACUAUUGUUGUGAAAAACAUGGGGAUGAAAUUUUUCUCCAUGUCCUCCACAAAGGGAUAUUGUGCAAAGGGUGACAAGAGUAGUCUCUGUUGCACUGUUAAUGAGAACCAGUCGAUCGUUCUCUGGGUGCAUUUGUUUUGCUGAAAACACAUUCACCUAACCAGCAUGUGGAUGCAUGACCCGGUCAUCUCCUGCUUUUGGCUGCCAGGAACUCUCUCAUUGCUAGUUUUCAGUUUAAUAAGAACAUCUCCCAGUCCCAGGAAUUGAAUAUGGGUGACUCUAACCGAACUUGAACUGAGUCAUUGCUUUCAACAACUUGAAGCCAUAAUCCAACUAAAGGACAAAUGUUUUUUCUGAAUGUCUGUAAAUGAAGAGAGAAACUGUAAAUUGCUUAUACCAAGUUGUAAAUAGCUUUGUCAUAUCUUACAUGGAAUGUAACAACUUUGUUUAAUGAUGGGUCAUCAUUCAGAAGAAAAAUGCAAAUCCUAAACUGGAGCCACUUGUUGAUUGUAAGAUUAUUUAUUAGUGUCUGUUGGGUAUCAGUUGUUGUAAAGUUUAGAAUAUGCUGUAUGUGGUGUCGCUCGGCUAGCAGCCAGGACUAUGAAAUGUGAAGUGUGUGAACAUGAAUGCUCUGGUAAACUGUUGUGCAAUUAUUCUCUCUUUCAGAGUAACUUCAUGGCCACUGUUACGAAUGUUUAAGUGUGUUAGGGAAAGGACCGUAGAUUUGUGCUGUUCAACAUUAAGAGACUGUGAAUGACAGGGUGGUCUGAUACUAUAGUGACAGGGCUGCAGCCAUCACUGUUAAAGUGCCCUUGCUUGUUUCACUGGAUUAAAACUAUUCUUCCUCUGUAAGUACACAGUGUGUAAUGAUAAGUGUACCUCAUUUCAACAGCCAAAUCUUUUGGGAGGAAAAAAAAGGUAAUUGCUGCAGUCUUUUGGCCGCUUACAUCAAUACAUCAGUGCUCUUUGGGCAUAAGGCUGAUGAGGAGAAAUAUAAUGGAAUUAAAAAAGUCUCGUCCAUACUGUCUCAAACACAAGACUCCUUAGAAUUUAAAAGAUUGAAAAGCGUUUUUUUGGCGCAUUGAAGCUGCUUGUGUAACGGUCACACACAAUGUGCUGAGAGUGCAUACGCCAACAGUGUUAGGUGGUCACAUCAGUGCAUUUCUACAGGGUGCUAUGAAUUCAUGCUUUUAGUACUGUGGUGAUCGCCUUAAACGUGUCCUUCAGCAUUCCAUCAUUAUUCUUCCCAUCAGCCAAAUCGUAUCCUUGGGGCCCUGAUGCUACCUCUAAACGCAAGUGAAUGUUAAUGUCCAGUGCAAUGUCUCAGAUGAAGAGUGAGGGUGCUUUUCAGUGAGGUGGUUCGAUGUUGUCAUGUAUGGCACCAUCUCAUUGAAUGUACACACUGUAAAUGUAUUUGAAGAGGUCCGGCAUCUUGGUAAAGCACAUCUGAAGGACGGACACAUUUGCUGUCAUGGUAACCCUCAGGGUGUGGGCCAAUUUCUUACCCCAACACCAACACCACAACUCUGCCUUCUCAGCACAUCAGCCAACAAGAUUAGAUUUACACUCAGCCUUGCCCGGUCUUGCCUUUGCCUUUCAAACGUGAGAAUCCAUACAAGCUCAGUGACAGUGGUAUAGGAAGUUGUUAUCUGAAAAACCUGUGUGAAAGAUGGACAUUUACUCUCCCACUCAAAUGAAUAACCUUGUUUAGUGAGUGAAAACAAUGUAAAAGGAGCAUGGUCAACAGUGUGUUGCACAGAAACCAAUACUUUGGCAUUAUUCACGGUCAUUCUGGAGCUCAUUGCCAUGAGUGUGCAGCAGGGUUUUCAUACAGUAAUUAAUGCUGCACUAACUGAGCUCGUGGCUCUGCAUUAUGAGCUCUUAUUCCAAGCAUAUGCUAGCCUUGUGCAGCAGUUAAUAUACACCUCAAAAGUAGCAUCUGGGGUUUUAUACAUGCAUUUAAAGCAAUGAUUGCAUUUAUUCUCAAGCUGCUGCGGGAUAUGGGGGAAUUUAAGACUGACUCAAUCAGCUUCCACUUGAAUUUGAGUCAUGUAAUUAUCUCAGUUUUCUGUCCAGGAGACUCUGAAGCUUCCCGCUCGUCUGUUAAGAAAAAUAAUUACACACUGGAAUAUCCCCUUCAGGCCUUUAUGUGGUUGUUAAUGCUCCGGGGUCUUACAUCCAAUCCAACCCAAGCAGUAGAGAGGAAAAUGGCAGAAUAGUAAUCUAUUCUUUGUAAACUGAAAACACAAUACAUUUCAACUCUCUUCGAUGGACUGAGUAAAAGCCUACAAAAUGGUUACAGGAAGUGCUUUCUGUGAAACAUAAUUGUUCAUCUGAACCAGGGGAGCUAUGAAAACAUCUGCACGCACCACUUUAUUGAGCCACACGGUGUAAUGAGAGCUGAUGUUUGGCUUCAUUAGGAGGUGUGUCCGGGUUUUGGUUUGCUCUCUGCUACAAACAUGCUAUUGCAUAGUAAUCUCGACAUUACACACAAGCUUUUAGAAAAGACCCGAUGAAUUCAAGCUCACGAGUGUGGUGUGCUCACAUGCUGGAGUGGCGUUCAUGUCUGUAUGAAACAAGCCAUUUCAGCGGGCAGUAACAAACGAGCACCAGCAUGGAAAGGAGUGUACAAUUACAUAAUGAUUUGAAACAGGCUUUAUGAGGUCCGGAGAAUCCGGCAUUGCCAGCUGGCUCCAUCUCUCUCACUCAAGUCACUAAUGCAUUGAAGUGAUUUACUGAUUGCCUCGUGAGCUGAGGAGUCACUUGAUGUUUCCUAAAAAUGUUUGAUCAUUUUGCAUUUGUGCUCAGUUUUUAAUGUGCAUUUUUUUAAACAAGUGUUUAUUCCACAUAGCUGUUUAAUAAGUCAUAAUUCUUUUUUUCAACUUCCUUGGAAAUCCUACAGUCGACUGCUUUAGAAUGCAGAUGAUUACUUUAUGAGGCCUUUGAAAAAAUAUUUUUGCCAUAAUAAUCACUUUCUCUAUCAACCUUAAUGAGGCAGAAAAACAGAAAGGCAUUGAAUUCCUGUAAACCUCUGGAGUUGGAUCUGAUCACUAAUUGAAUACAUGUCAACAAUAGAAAAUGUGGACAGGUUCUGCAGUCAGCAGACGUCCUUUCAAGAAAGAACUGAAAAACUUGACACAACCUUUUCCCCUUGUCGUGUAUGUGGUAUCAAGGAAUCAUAGACUAGGCCAGCUAGUUGACAUGGUGUGUGCCACGAGCAGUUCACUGGUAAAGGUGCAGGAUGAUCCUUUGCUGUCAUGUGCAGCAAAGCUCAGCUUCAACAGUGUGAAACCGCAGCCGUAAGUCUUGUUUGAAAAGCCAUUUUCGAAAUUCAAAUCAAUGAAAAGACAAACAUUAAGUGUAAUCAUUCAGGGAAGAACCAACCGGGCAGGUGCAACAAGCAAAGUGUGUCUCCAGUCUAUUUAAAGAGUGCAGGAUGGUGUCACAUGUGCAGAUAGUACAAUGGAAACAGGUUUGGCCCACCAGCCAAGGCUCCACUGAUGAAUGUAAAUAAAUACCGGAUGUCUAUCAGAUGUCCGUUUUCUUAUCAUUUGGUCAUAUUAUGCCUCUCUGCUUGUGAAUGUUAAACAAGAACUCUGAGACGCGAUUCUCGGAUGAGGGCUAUCUACACGCUCCCACAUGUUUGUUUGUCAGAGCUCUUGUUCUUCCUGUCACCGUGCGCUCAGGUGAGGAAUGCUGUAAAUUUUGCAUCCUCUUCUUUUGACAUGUCUGUCAUAGAUAAGCUUACGUAACAAGAGGUGAAAUGAAAAGUAUCUACCUACCCAUCAAAGUGUCCUUUUGGUAUUUUAUGUAUUUGUCCUCUACUUGACUUCUAUCGGUUCAACAUGCAAUGCACUUUUGAUUCAUUUUGUUGCGAUGUUCUCGGUGUAUGUAGUGGUGUAACAUUGUAACUGUAUUAAAGGACAUGAACAUAUUUUUUUCAAUAUGUGUUGUGCUUUUGUGGCAAAAAAGAAAAUAAGAAGAAUGAUUGUAAUUGGCUUUAAUUUUAAUUUUCAUAAUCCCUCUUAUGUGUAGCAAAUCCUCAAAACUGAAGACGAAUUAGAAGCACCCUUAAGCAAAAGCCAUUUUACACCUUGAAUGUGGAGUUCUGAACAAUAUUUUCCAUCCUGGUCAGUCCUGUUUUCUGUGAUAAAACUGCCUGACAUAUAAGAAUGAUAGUUAAACUGAGAAUGAUGUGUUUGUUUUUUAGUGGUGAAUGUUUCAAACACUGUUGUGUUUGUCAAAUGCUGCUGGUCAUUUCAAAGCAUGCGU